AUGUGGAUUCUUCCCCUUGUGGGGUACACCGGCCUCAUAUUAGGGUUCGGAUUCCUCACUCUCUCCAUCGCCUCGGGUCUCUAUUACCUCUCCGAGCUCGUCGAAGAGCACACCGUUCUCAGUGCGAAACUCCUCAGGCGCCUUAUUUAUGCCGUGGUUGUUGCACAGUUACUACUCUGGCUCGUCGAUGGAUUUCCCUGGUAUCUCACCUUGUUGGGCGUGGCCAGUCACGGUGUCUACGCGACGAACCUGCGGCAUUUCCCCAUCGUGAAAUUGUCCGAUCCUUUCUUUCUGGGCAGCUGUGCCUUGGUCAUCCUGAACCACUGGCUAUGGUUCCGACACUUUAGCGACGCAACAACAAGAGGAGGGCCAUAUCGGGGUGCACCACCGAGCAGCAGGAGAGACUGGUAUUCGACGCCCCCCUCAUAUGAUCAACCCACAUUCACCGAGAUUGCAUCCUACUUUGGGCUGUGUGUGUGGUUGGUCCCUUUUGCACUCUUCGUCAGCCUCAGUGCCGGAGAGAAUGUGCUGCCAAGCAUGGGCUCUGAGUAUGCCACGGGCGAAAGAGAGGGUGUUGGCUUCAAGAAGGGUCACAGAAGGAAGAAUACUGGGAUGGCCAAGGCCGCCGUUCAUGCUACUCGAGAUUGGGUUACGGAGACCGGUGCGGUGAUGGGGUUCUGGCACGCUGACAAUGUUCGGCCGGUGUAG